UUCUUUUUUUUUUUUUCCCUUAUUGCAUGGUAAACAGUUUUCUUUCACUAAAAAGAAACAGGUCAAACAAAGGAAGCAGCAACUCUAUAAAUGUAAUAUUUAAUAAAAUCAUCCAUGGCUCAUUUUUUACGAUUAAAAAGCCGAAAAAAUUUAACAAUGAUGCAUCAUUUGAACAUAACCGAUACAACCAACAAAAGCAGAAGCGAAAGCAGGCGAGUAGAAGCAUCCUGUUAAAUCCUGAUCAAACACAAUCAGCCAUUCUGGUUCCAUGCGCAAAAAAACCAAAGCAUAUUCGCCACUAUUCACAUGUAUCUUGUAUAUCAGCAUCCAAUAUAACCGUAAAUUCUGAAGAUUUAACGGCAAAAGAAUUUGCAGAGAUUGCUGGUAUUCGAAUUUUAUCCGAAGACGAAGAGGAGGAAGAACAAUAUAGAAAGAAGAAGUGUACAUUUUGUAAAAAGAGCUCUGUGAUUAGUAAUAGUCAUUAUACUACAGUAUUAAGCAGUACUAGUAUCCAUGCAGGCCAUAGUUCUAGUAACCAUAGCAACCGUAGUUCGAUGACAACACAUAGUAAUGAUACGAUUAGUACUAGUGGUACUAGUAAUAGUACUACUAGCAACAUCAGCCCUAAUAACAUAAAGAUCUGGGAUUCAGAAUUCUGGAAACACCCAAAAAAGCAUAAUAAUGAUAAUAAUACGACUAGUAAUACCAACAACAGUGAGUUACCUAUCAUGCAUGAAUUAAAAUCAAAUAUACCUUCUCGGCACUCAGAUACCUACAUAAAAAAAGGAAGAUUUGAAAUCACAAUUGGCGUAGAUUACCAACACCAUCAGCAUACAAACAGCAUGACAACUACAAGUAGUAGUAGUGUCAUCGAAUGGAAACGUAAAUCCUCAAGAAAUAUAUGAACUGACUCAUCUAUACUGGAUCCAAUUAAAUUUCACUGAGUCAUAAUUUUUUGAUAAUAAAAAAGCUGUCAAAUCAUAAUACUCUUUCUG